AUGUAUCGUCAAGAAAUAAUCAAGGUGGCCGUGGCUACGUUAAAUGAAAGUUCCGUUUGGGCAGUGAAAGCACAAGCAGCAACAGUACUUGCAACGAUUGCCAACGAACCAACAGAUUCUCCCAAUUUACACGAUGCUGAAAUGUUGUAUGAUACACUGACAAGUGCACUGCAAAGCCGAAUUUGGGAGGUUAAAGAAAAAUUGUUGGGAGCGAUUGUUGCAUUGCUCCGCACAUCCGGAAAAGAACUGGCAUCAAGUUGGGAUGAAACUACCACUGAAAAGAAAUUUGCUCCUUUAUGGAAGGAAUGUAUCAGGAAAAACAGAAAGAACAGUGGUGUAGCAGUACGUUGUGCAUCGGUGUUUUGUGAAAUCACCCAGUGCAAGAAAAUUGCCUUGCAACUAAUGGCGCAUGUCGAGAACAGCAUCAAGAAUGUGGAUUCCAGGUAUUGCUAG